AGCAGGGGUUGAGGGAGAUGGUGCCGACAUUGAGGGCGGCGAAGUCGGAGGCGAGGUUUGGGCAGUUGGGGACUCUGGUUGGCCAGCUUGCGCAGAAGACUGGGGGUGAGGCUGGCUCGCCACAUAAUCAGAUGUUCAGGCAGGCGGUUGUGCAGCCGCGGACGCUGGUGGGUGGUAUCAUCACUCAAGUGCAGAACGACGCGGAAGCUGCUGCUCAGAGCCCCAAAGGGGCAAGGAAACGGGCCAACACCACCCGGAACGACAAGAUUGUAGAGGACAUCGCCGACGCCACGUCGUCCCCCCAACGAUCAAAAACAGCCAAAGGAAAGAGGAAAAACAGUCGUAUGGGAGAAGACGUAGAAUCCACCCCCGCCGACGCCAAAACAUCCACCUUUCAAACCCCGCCUGUCCGCCGCCGGGGCAAAUCGCAGGGGAAUCAUCACCACAGACCGGACCAGCUCUCCGCUUCUUCACCUGCACCUUCUACGCCCCAAGCCGGGAAAAGCCAGCCAUCCACUCCAGAUAGCUUACACUAUACCCCCUUUGCAGAAACCGAGCUCGGGCGAGUACACAGCCAAACGCAACCUUCGAACGAGACCCUACAAAGGCACAAGGGCUCACGACCACGGGGGCAAAGUCGGCAUAGCACAACAUUAGAUAUACCCCUUACACCAUCGCCAUCAACCCCGGCCGCGGGUGUGGUUGGAACACCGGAAGCGACGCGCAAAAAGUCGGUGCGGAGGGCACAGGAUUUCUACGUUUAUAAUGCUGUGAAGGGUGAACGUCCCGCGGGAACGCCCUAGGUGUUAGGAACUUUUAUGGGUAGAUUCGCUUAUAGCUCUCUGUUGCCUGGUUUUGAUGGUUGCUGCUUGAUAAUCCUCAUGCCCUCCAUCCAUGUAAAUGCACAAUCCUAUCUCAGACCAACUCUUUAUCGUUCCCGUUUCCAAAGCCCUCACACAACCCC